UGUUACCUGGCGCACAAAUCAUGGCUGGGAUGGCCGGAAUAGUGUUGUGUGGCUCGGUCCGAACCACUUCCUUUAUUUCCCAUUUACAGAGCCACGGCUGUGUACAAACACCGGAGUUUUUUUUCACCGCGCAUGCAAAGCAGACAGCUAGCGGACUGUGAGGAGAUAUUUGCUGAAUUUGACAAAAAGACGUGUAUUGGAUUAGAAUCGCAUACCCCACCUUUAACUGUUGACCCAAUGACCAAUUCCGUUAUUGAUUAAUCAAAGAACAGAAAGCUGCAGAGGCCAUUAGGUGUAGUUAUUUUGAUAUUUUGAUUCUUUUGAGCACUGAGUAAUAAUAAUGUGAUCUCAACAUAACCCAAACUGUCUUCUUCUAAUCAUUAUUUGACAAUGUACAACACACCUUUAAGGUUUGGGCUCUUAAUGAACAAGGAUCGCAUAACCUCUUACUUAUACAAAAACUUAGUAAUUCAGUGGUAACCACAGCAUGUGGAUCAGCCAGGUAGGUCUAAUGUAGGCAUGACAUAACACAAGACAUAACAUACAUCGUGGAAAUUAGAAAUUGGAAUUAUUUUGUUCAAUCUUUCAAUUCUUUUUGAAGUCAAACUGAGGUUUUAGCUCAGUUGUUUUCCUCAGAAUAGGGAUUUCUGGCACAACCUCACUUCCAAGGUGCAGCGAAAAGGAAAAAAAGUCUGAAGAGGUUAAAACUCCAGCAACACUUGUAGCUUAUCUUACAUGUAUGUCUUUUGAUAUAAUACAAUACAACCAGUUAUAUACAUACACAUGUAUAGUAUAUGGUUGUCUGUAUGGGUCAGAGACAAGGCAGACUUAAUGUGCAAGUCAAAAAAGACAGAACUCAAAAAACUAAAUUAUGCCAGAAAACAAGUAGUGUUUUGUAAUUCUUCACUAGGAUUACGAUGACUCCAUAUUAUGUAACAGGUCACGUAGGAGCACUGGCAGAAAAGGUUUGAUAAGUCAGCAUAUUGUAAAAGCUGGUGAAAGAUCAACAACUUUCUGUGAGAGAUAAGCAAAGUUAUAGUACACUGUCUGCAAAGAAUCAUCAGUUAAGCAGCAAAGUGGCAUUGUGCUUUUGUUCGUAGCAUGUGUAGUGUGCUGGAAAUAGAUUAUAUUUAUAUCAUAUUAUAUAUAUAUUAAGGCAUCCUAACAUUCAAGAAAUGUUUUUGUAUUAUGCAAGAUUGCUAAAAUGCUUGUAAUACGACCAUUUUGAAAAGAAAAUAAGUUGUUGAAAGUUGUUGAUCAAUUAAUGCUGAGGUAAAUUUAACUCUGGGCUUCAGGCCAAAGCACGGAGAUAACAUGAGGAUGAAGAAAGGUAGACACAAAGAGAAAGGUAGAAGAGUGACAUAUCUGGUUAAAUAAUCAUAAGUCUAGCUCUUUCUACAAAAUCAUCUUUUUUAAAUGCUGUCUCAUCCUUCCUGAAAUAUACAGUCCACAGGGUUUAAACAUUAAUGGGCAUUGUUUAAAGGUCAUCCUCCUGCAGCAUCUCUAAAAUGACAGUCAGCUCCCUGAACAUGGCUGACUUUGGAGAGAUCCUCCGGAAUAUCGGAGAAUUCGGAUUAUUUCAGAAAGUCACCCUUUUUGCUCUUUGCUUCCCAAAUGUUAUUCUGCCUUUCCACUUUGCCAGUCUACUUUUUGUCCAGUCAGAUCCAGAGCGACACUGUAACACAGACUGGAUCCUUCAGGCUGACUCUAACCUGACCGCAGAUGAGCAGCUGAACCUGACUCUGCCCCGGGAGGAGGAUGGGACCUUCAGCAGGUGUCGGAUGUUUGUCCCCGUGGACUGGGACAUUGGUGCCAUCAGGGAGUACGGACUCAAUGAGACCACAGGGUGCCAAAAUGGAUGGGUGUACAGCAGCACGCUGUAUGAGGCCACCAUAGUCACUGAUUUUGAUCUAGUUUGUGACCAUGCUAAUUUGUUGGAAGUGGCACAAGCAGUGUUGAUGGCUGGCAUUCUUGUUGGUUGUCUCUUAUUUGGACCUUCUGCUGAAUCGUUCGGUCGUAAACGAGCAGCUCAGAUUCCAGUCAUUGUGAUGCUCAUAUUUACUGUAACAACUGGAUUAUGUCCCAACUUCUAUUUCUAUUUGGCAUCACAGUUCAUGGUGGGAAUUGGCUAUGGAGGUUAUCGACUGAACGGUGUCAUAUUGGCCACUGAGUGGAUCGGGGUGUCCAGAAGGUCAUGGGGAGCAUGUGGGACUCAGCUAUUUGGUGCAGUUGGACAGUGCGUACUUGCUGGUGUGAUCUACUUCAUCAGAGACUGGAGACUGGCUCAGCUAAUCACGGCAGCUCCCUUUGCAGUUGUUGCUAUUUACAUAUGGUUUAUUCCAGAGUCAGCCAGGUGGUUGUUGGACAGAGGAAGGACAGAAGAGGCGAAACAGCUGAUUACCAAAGUGGCAGCCAUCAACAAACGCACUGUUCCAGAGUCUCUGCUGGAAAAGAUUGUUGAGAAAGAAACUGAGAAAAAGGGAGGCAUAAUAAUGCUUAUCCAAUCAUCUGUGCUUAGGAAGUAUUUCUUUACCAUAAUAGUGGCAUGGUUCUCACUGAAUGUUACCUACUACUGCCUUUCAUUCAAUGUGGGAAAUUUUGGUUUGGACAUCUUCCUGACGCAGCUCAUGUUUGGUCUGACUGAACUACCAGCUCAUAUACUUUGCAUCUGGCUGUUAGAAGCGCUGGGGAGAAAAGUGUCACUGAUGUCAACGCUUCUGAUUGGGGGAUUCUUGUGCACCAUAAUCCUAGCUUUUCCUCAAGGUAAUGCUGUUGCUGUUACCACGUUAGCAACCUCAGGACGUUUUUUCAUAAACUGGGCAGGAUCCAUAUGCAAUGUGUAUGUUCAGGAGCUGUUCCCAACAUCUUUUCGACAAACAGCCGCUGGUUUGGGCUCCAUUGCAAGCAGAGCUGGUGGCUUGCUGUCUCCGUUGCUCAACAUGUUGGCCAUAUACCACUGGUCCAUACCCACCAUAGUUUUCAGCAGCCUUACGCUGAUCAGUGGAGCUCUUAGCUUCCUGCUUCCUGAGACCAGGAGAAAAGAGCUUCCUGAUUCAACCGAUGAGGCCGAGGGCAACAGAAAUAAGACCACCCUGAAGAUCCAAAGUAAAUCAAACAAGCCUGCACAAAGCAAAUCUACCAAACUGUAGUCUGAAUACUUCUAUUCUUUACUUUCCUGUUUGUUGUUUUUGUGACACAGUUGGUUUGUCUGUCCACUUUGGUGCAUAGUCAAGUAACUGCCGGCCACAUUUGCAUGGUUUUCAGAGAUUAAAUCCUAACCACCAACACUGAGUCAAUUAUUGUCUUAACAGUAUAAUGUGCCAUCAGCUGAACUUUAGUACGUGUUUUAUCCUACUGACUCAUGAACCAUAAGAAUCUAGUAUAUUCAACUGAAAUACCAAUAAUGUGUGUGUGCAUACUGCUGUUGAACAGUAUGUUGUUGAAGUCAUAUCAAAUCUUUUAAAGCAUAUAGCUGCUGUUUAAAACCUUGUAACUCAAGCUUUGGUGACUGUUCAUAUUUUUUGCUUGCUUGAGAACUUUCAGAGACUCUGUGAACCCUUUUUUAAAACCUAUUGUGUAAACUCACAAAUUAACUGUUGUCAAGCUCAAGACGAACCUGUUUUUUAGGUUCCUAAGAAUUCAACAUUAUUGGAGAUUUUUUUUAAUAUCACAGGUUAAUGCUUAUUACUGAGCCAGAUAUGCUGCUGCCUAAACAUAGUGGAUUUUACCUGUGAGCAACAGAAUUUGGAUCUAUGAUGUGUAUGUGUACACAUUGUGAUGACAAUGAUUUUUGAAACACCUCUAUACCAAAUGAAUAAGCUUUUGAAGAGGGGAUCUUACAGUAUAUAGAUGUGCUGGCUAGAUGCAAGAUGACAUUCUGGAGUUCUGUUCAGAUUAAACAUUAAUGGAUGUUGUUUAAA